AACAAAACGAAAAUAUUUCAAUAAACGUAUUCACCUUUCAAGAAAAUGAAAUUGUUCCAUUGAAAAUCACAUCAAAUCCACGUAGAUUACAUCAUGUGAAUUUGCUAUGGAUCAAAUAUGGUCAAGUCUCUCAUUACGUUCUCAUAAGAGACUUGAAUACUUUUCUUUUUAGAAGCAAGUCACAUAACCAAAGAAUGUUUUUCUGUCCAUACUGUUUGCAUGGUUUUGUACGUAAUGAGUCUCUGCAAAAUCAUAUCACAUACUGUAGUACAAAUGAAGCUCAAAAGGUGGAACUACCUGCAGUCGGUGACAGUGCUAUACUGGAAUUUAAGGACUUUGAAAAAGAACUUAAAGUUUCAUUCACGAUUUAUGCAGAUUUUGAAACUUUAAAUAGACGGGUUUCAACAUGUCUUCCAGAACCUACACACUCGAGCACCACGUCUACCACAAAACUUGAAGUUUGCGGUUUCGCGUACAAGGUAGUUUGUGCGGACAAUAGAUAUACUAAACCAACGGUGGUGUAUAGGGGGAGUGAUGCAUCACAAAAAUUUAUUACAAGCUUGCUGCGAGAGCAAAAAGAAAUUGAAAAUAUUCUCUCUAAUAUAGAACCAAUGAUCAUUACGAGUGACGAUUUUGAGGAAAUAAGUCGCGCUUCGCAGUGUUGUUUAUGUCAAAAGGACUUCACUCCAUAUGAAAAAGUGCACUCCACUAUAGUAAGACAUCAUGAUCAUUUAACGGGAGACUUUAUUGGAAUGGCUCACAACCAAUGCAAUUUGAAAUGCAAGCAGGCGAAACAUACGUGCGUCAUUUUUCACAACUUGAAGAAGUUUGAUGCGCACAUCAUCUGUCAAAGUAUUGGUGAGUUUAAGGGGGAAAAUCUUAAAUGUAUUGCUCAAAGUACAGAAAACUAUGUGAGUUUUUCCCUAGGUAACUUGAGAUUCAUUGACAGCUUACAGUUUCUACCCUCCUCAUUGCAAAGUUUGGUGGAAAAUUUAAAGUGUGAUGGACAGGAUGCCUUUGAACACCUUAUUGAGGAAUUCCCAAAUUCUGAUGAUGUCAAGUUGCUAUUACGAAAAGGGGUGUAUCUGUAUGAUUAUAUGGAUCGUGAAAGUAAAUUUGAUGAACAUUGUUUACCACCAGCAGAAGCAUUUUAUAACGCUUUAACCAAACAACAUAUAUCUGAGCAGGAUUACAAGCACGCCUGUGAUGUGUUUGCCCAUUUUGAAAUGACAAGCAUGGGGUCUUAUCACGACCUUUACUUGAAAUGUGAUGUAAUACUUCUGUGUUGCGUAUUUGAAACGUUUAGAAGUAUGUGUAUGGAGCAAUAUGGUUUGGAUCCAUGCCAUUUUUAUACCAGUCCCGGCUUAAGUUGGGCUAGUUGUUUGAAGAUGACGGGUGUGCAACUAGAGCUGAUGACGGACAUAGAUCAAGUGCUAUUCAUUGAAAAAGGCAUACGAGGUGGAAUAUCACAAAUUUCGAAUAGAUAUAAACAAGCAAAUAAUCCACUUCUCUCAGAUUAUGAUAGUGAAAAGAAAUUGUCACAUAUUCUAUAUUUAGAUAUGUGCAAUUUGUAUGGAUUCGCCAUGCAACAACCACUUCCAACAUCAGAUUUUCAAUUUUUAAAGAAACGAGAAAUAAAUCAAUUAGACAUUAGGAAUAUUCCAGCGGAUGGGGAGAAAGGUUACAUAUUUGAAGUCAAUUUGAGGUAUCCCCCUGAACUUCAUGACAAACACAACGACUAUCCACUAGCACCGGAAAGAAAAGCUAUCUCAGAUGAUAUGCUUUCCCCAUAUGCACAAUACUUAUGGAAAAAACUGCAUAACAAGACAGAAAAUGAAGCAUUACCACCGAGAGUUAAAGUUGAAAAACUGAUUACAUCGUUAGAAGAUAAAGAGAAGUACGUGGUACACUACAGAAAUCUUCAGCUUUACCUAGAGCUGGGGUUGGAGAUAAUGGAAAUUCAUAGAGUACUUGAAUUUACGCAAUCUGCUUGGAUGAGACCAUACAUUGACUUCAACACUGCACAAAGAAAGAAAGCUAUGUCUGCCUUUGCCAAGAACUUCUACAAGCUCAUGAAUAACAGCUGUUUUGGCAAGACGAUGGAAAAUGUCAGAAAACAUAAAAACAUUGAGCUCGUGCAUAAUGAAAGACGUCUUUUGAAACUGAGUUCAAAAUCAACCUAUAAAACUACAACAAUAUUCAACGAAGACCUUACAGCCGUUGAACUUUAUAGAGUGAGGGUGUUAAUGAAUAAACCAAUCUACAGUGGCAUGUGUAUAUUAGACUUGAGUAAAUGGGCCAUGUAUGACUUCUAUUACAACAAACUGAAAAACACAUUUGGUGAUCAGAUGACCUUGUUGCUUACAGACACAGACAGUAUUUUAUGUUAUGUGGAAUCAUUUGACGUAUACCAGUACAUGAAAGAAAACAUUCACUUGUUUGAUACGUCGGACUAUCCACAAAAUCAUUUCCUAUAUAGUGAGGAGAAUAAGAAAAAAGUGGGUAGUAUGAAGGAUGAAAUGUCUGGAAUUCCGAUCUCCGCUUUUGUGGGUCUCAGAAGUAAAGUGUACAGUUUUAAGUGUGAUAAUAACAAAGAAGAGAAAAGAGCAAAAGGAAUUGCAAAAGCCACUUUGAAAAGAGACCUUAGAUUCACAAACUAUAAAGAUAUCUUGUUUUCAGAAGGUCAGAAUGUUGUAACAAUAACGUCAAUUAGAAAUGACAAUCACGAGUUGUACUGUAAUGAAAUGAAAAAAAUUGGACUGUCCUCGUUUGAUGACAAACGGUAUCUGCUUAAUGCUACAGACAGUCUUGCUUAUGGUCAUUAUUCUUUGAGACAGUCACAGGUAGAGGAAGAAAGGGCAAGAACUCCUUCAAUAUUACCAGAAGAAGGAAGUUUAUUUAUAGACAAUUGUAAGGUCACACCUUUGACAUACAAAUUGGAACAUUUGACAAGUACUCCCACAUUGCUUGAAGACGAGAGAUCUUUUAUAGCAGAUUGUAGUGUCACACCCGUGACAUUUAAAUAAAAUAUCAUAAACUGAAUGUAUGCUAAUAUAAAAUAUUUUUCUGUAAAAGAACAGAGUACAGUUUAUUACUAUAUUAAAAGGACAGAAAAUGAAUAGUCUUUUUUUUUGUUUUCUUUUCCACAGCUUAUGUAAAUAGGGAUUUAAAUAAACAAUAAAUUAACAAAAAACCAUUUAAGUUUAUAUAAUUUUUAUUAGCGGUUUACACACUUGAUUAUACACACAAUUAUUUUUUGAACAAUCUGAAUAUAUGCGUGACAUAUGAUUAUAUACAAAAUAAUCAUUAAGAGAAAAAUUAGUAUGGCUAAAAAAGUUGAGUAUAUUUGUUAAUGACAUGCCAUUGAAUUUAUUAC